GGUAUUUAUUUUCUAAUUGACUGCCUUUUUUUUUUUAAUUGUUAAUGUGAGUGAGUUUGAACACGUGGGAACUUUUACACGCCCAUUGACGCAUCACUGCCAAGUUUAUAAUUUUUAAUUGUUUAAACAAUUGAAACAACGAGUUGAAUAAUUGAAAAUAAAAAUUGAUGAAAUCGCGAGGAGCUUGUUGAUGAGUUAUAGAACGGCUGAAUUAUUUUCAUCGUUAAUUAAUGCAUUUAAAUAAUUGUUAUGAUUUUCCAUGGACAAGUGGAUGGAAAAAUUGUGGGGAACAAUUUUUUUCAUGGAUGUUUUUGGGGUCAAUAUCGGACUUUAGUCGGGUAAAAUUUUCGAGAGGUGAUAAUUGAGCUUGAGAAGUUUGUUUAAAUAAUACUGCUUCAGUGUAAUUGUUCACUGCCACGAGUAACGAAUAAAUAAAGGAAUGUAAAAUAUUGAGAAUAAUUUCAACGAGUGUCAAGUGAACGUCCUGUUCGACGCAAGGACGCUGUGUUCAUUAUUAUUAUGUUAAUUAUGUCAUGAGGAUAGACAAUGAAUUAAUGACUGAUUUUGUUUAUAAAAAAAUUGAAUCAUCACUGCCCUGAGAAUUUGCUCAGUAUUAAAAACAAAUGGAGAUAAAUCGAAUUCUCAUCAUGAUAUUGAGAAUCUAACGAAUAAGUGAUGCCGCCGGUGAAAAUUAACCAAUUGUUCAUAAUAUUUGAGUGCAAUUAUUUCCCAUUAAUUAGUUAUAUUAUUUGUUCAACGUGUUGAAUAUUUUGAGAUACUGUUAAACCUCGAGUGCGUAUUUUCCAUUGAAAACGAGAGAUUGUACCCAAGGAGUUGAAUUUUUACGAUUUUCGAUGUCUUGAACAGCAAAAAAUGAAUUAUGACCCUUACGAGCAGCCCGUGUGAGCUAGACAACAUGAGCUUGUUUCAAGACUUCAAGUUGAAAAGGAGAAAGGUCGACUCUCGAUGUAGUAGCGACGACUCGCCGGUAUCAUUCGGAUCAGCAGGCUCACCAUCAGGGAUCCAGGCAUCGGACGCCCCCUCACCCAUAACAUUUCCUGCUUCAGGGGAUAGCAUAGCAGACACAUCAACAUCACCAGAUGUACCAACGAUGCCGGGUUCAUCGGGCUGUACAGUGGUGAAAGUGAAGAGUGAAUUCUUACGAGGUAGUCCAAGUCCAGUUGGCCAACAGCUGGUACAUCAUCCUCAAGAGAGUAGAGAGACAGCAUCACCAGACUCAGUGUUUCCAGAGCCAUCGCAGCGUGACAUGAUGUCAACGAGAAUUAGCGACGAGAGUAGAUCAUUCACACCAGCACCAACGAGUCCCGAGCACUCGACAGUAUCAACAACACCAGCCAAUGAUCAAUCUAGAAGCAGAUGUGGCAGCCCAGAGAGAUCAGAUAUGUCAUCUUGUCAGGCUAAACUCGAGCCAGAUAAUUCGGUAUUUGAUGGCGGUGGUGGUGAUGACAGACGCGAUAUAACAAGUCAGCCAAGUCCAUCAUCACAGUACAACAUCAAUCAGGCACACAGUCCCAGCAGCAAUUCAUCUCACAGUAGUAAUCAACAACCACCAACACCACCCAGAUCCAGAGCACCAUCAGUACCUGCUCAUCUACUUGCCCAUCAUCAGUUCUGGACGAAUUCCCAGGGUUUUGCUGCCCAGAGAUUACUCAAUGGUGUUAUUAGCAGUGCCGUUGGGUAUGGACAGAGUAUGACUGGUAAUGGGGGUAAUGGUAGCAAUGGAAGCAAUCAGGGGAAUGGUGGUAGUGCAUCAAGUGGGAGUACAGCGUCAGCAUCGCCAUCAAGUGAAGGAAUGAAACCUCCAGCCCAACGAGCGGCGCCAUCAGCCCCUAGACCACCACCUACAGUGAUAAUGGGUGAGGUGGGUGGUGUGAGAACAAUGAUAUGGUCAGCACCAGCGAUGGAGCCAGUUCCACCACCUGCUGCAUCGUGGACGACAACGGCAUCAUCAGCCUCGUGCUCCUCUUCCGAGGAAUCAGCAGCCCAAUUGCUGUUGAAUCUUGGACAGGAGUCGAGGGGAAAGCCACCGUGUGUCUCCUAUGCAUCAGGUCCACCUCUGAAUAUGGAAAGAUUAUGGGCUGGUGAUCUGAGUCAAUUGCCUGCAGCGCAACAGAUGCAAGCAUUGAAUCUCACAGCAUCAGGAUCAAGUCCGAAUCAACCAUGGGUGAGAAAUGGUGGUGGUGUCAAGUCUGAGGCUUCCUCGCAGUCACUGCAGUCAAUAGCACCAGCUGCACCUUCCAUACCACCUCAGGAGCAUGAGGAGGACGAGACACCUAUGAUCUGCAUGAUCUGCGAGGACAAGGCCACGGGACUUCACUACGGAAUUAUAACGUGUGAAGGGUGCAAGGGCUUCUUCAAAAGGACUGUACAGAAUCGUAGGGUGUACACGUGUGUAGCAGAUGGUGUUUGUGAGAUAACAAAGGCGCAGAGAAAUAGGUGUCAGUAUUGCCGAUUUAAAAAGUGUAUAGAACAGGGUAUGGUGCUUCAGGCUGUACGUGAGGAUCGUAUGCCCGGUGGCAGGAACUCCGGAGCUGUUUACAACCUCUACAAGGUAAAAUACAAGAAGCACAAAAAGGCAAAUAAGACGAAUGUGGGAGGUGGCGGUAAUACUGGGGGUGGUGUCAAUGGUUCUGGACAACUUGGUGGUAACAAGGGUGCUGCUGUGGCAACAACAAUGCUGGACAAACACAUGGCAGCGGCUGCAGCAGCAGCUGCUGCUGCUCAUCACAAUCAGCAGCAGCACACGCAGAUGGCGGGUUCCUUUCUCCAUCAUCACAAGAUCUCAGCGGAUCCUCACAAUACCCAGCCCACCCCCAGUCAUCCAAAUCAUCCCUCUCACACUGGACACCUCGUCAAUGGAACGAUACUCAAGACAGCACUCACGAAUCCGUCAGAGGUGGUACACUUACGACAAAGACUCGAUAAUGCUGUCAGCAGCUCGAGAGAUCGGGCAUUUCCUCUCGAGGCGACUCUAGCAAUGAUUCAGACACUUAUAGACUGCGAUGAGUUCCAGGAUAUUGCUACAUUACGAAAUUUGGAUGAAUUACUGGACCAUAAAUCAGACUUAAGCGACAAAUUAUGUCAAAUAGGCGACAGUAUAGUACACAAGUUGGUGCAGUGGACCAAGAGGCUACCUUUCUACCUUGAAUUACCGGUUGAGGUACACACGAGGCUGCUAACACAUAAAUGGCACGAACUACUUGUCCUUACCACCUCUGCCUAUCAGGCUAUGCACAGCCAGCACAAGUUCACUAAUUCGUCGGACGGUACUGGUGCUGACUUUAUGCAAGAGGUAGCAAACAACAUGUGCACACUGCAGGCUUGUCUAACGAGUAUGAUGGGCAGGCCCCUUACCAUGGAGCAAUUGAGACAGGACGUUGGACCCAUGGUUGAGAAAAUAACUUAUGUCACACUCAUGUUUAGGAGAGUUAAACUCAGAAUGGAGGAGUACGUCUGUCUCAAAGUCAUUACUAUGCUUUCGCAAGCACGAGGGGGUACUAUGGAGUUAGAACAAAUACAGGAUCGUUACAUGAGUUGUUUACGAAGUUUUGUGGAACACAGUGCGCCCCAACAACCAGGACGAUUCCACGAUUUACUGCUGAGAUUGCCCGAAGUGCAAUCAGCAGCGACUCUACUCCUCGAGAGCAAAAUGUUCUACGUUCCUUUUCUCCUGAACUCAGCAAUUCAAAGAUAGUAACUAAAAUCCCCCUCGAAUUAAAUCGACGAUAAAAAAAAUAAUAAUAAAUGAAAAAAUGGGGGAACCCCUCGAUAACUGCCCCUGGGUAUCAGGCAAAGACUUUCAUGUAUAUAUAUACAUAUAUAAUAAACAAUAUAAAUGUGUUUUUCGUUGAGGUGUACAAAACUAAAAAAAGAAACACAAAAAAUUAUUGAGAAUGUGAAGAAAAAAAUAAUUAUUAUUAUAACUAAAAGUAACUACGAUGGAUAAGAUGAAUGAGGAGAUAAAGUACUAGGUAAUUUUUCAUUGGUACAAUGAAAAAUGAAUAUAAACAAAAUGCUAGGGAAAUUAAUGAGAAGAAAAUUAAUUAAUGAAAAGUUGAAGAAAAUACAAUCGACAAGAACUGAAAACUUUUAUAUCGAAACUAAAAGACUAUAUUUCUGUACGCAGUCGCGCAACUAAUGUCAUUGUGUGUUCAUGUUGCAUAAUCCAAUCGAUUUAAAUUAAGACUCUCGUACAUUUUUUGUGCCCUGAUAUUGAAAUUUAUUGAGAAUUAUUGACAAUUUGGGAAUGAGAUGUUUCAUUCUGUGUUAAAGUGAUUAACCAGAAUUCCGUGAUAUAUCUCGAGAAGGAGUGGACUUAGAAGAAAAUUUCAUGAGACAUUUUAUGUGGGGAAUUUCAUUUUCUGCAAAUUACUUUUCAUGGAAUUUUCUCGUAAAUCCACUCAUUACCGAGAUAUUCGGUAAAUUAGUAAUUGGAGUUUUCAUCCCAUUUGAUUAAAAAUCGUUUGUUUUAUUUUUAUUAAUUGUUUAAUUACGUCGAUAACGAGUGGUUUUAGAGGAAAAUGUGAGAAGAAUUUUUUGUUGAAUGUUUAAUUGUCUAUAGAAGUUGUCUCUAACAUUUUCGUCUAAAAUCGCUUAUUACGGAGAUAACUGGGAAAUAUCUUGAGUGAAAAUUCCAGUGCUGACGUUUCAUCACUUCAAUGCAGAAUAGACGAGUUAACUUAAUUGAUUAAAUAAUUAAUUGAAUGAAGAAACCGACGUGGAAAUAUAUGAAGUACUAACAUUGGUUUGAGUAAUUAGUGAUUGACGAUAUUUAGGGCCUUGUUGCAUUUUUUAAUUAGUUAUCUAUGAAUGAUUUUGUCAUCUGACUUAUCAAGUUACAAAAUUAAUAGAUAUCUUCAGAGAUUCAUUAAAAUAUUUAAAUUAUAAUUAUUGAAAGCCACUUUUACUGCAAAAUUCUUCCAGUUUUAUAGAUUUUUUUCACUCAAUUAUGGAAUAUUUUCAAUAUUUCGAGCAUUUUUGAAUUGCGUUUUCACCCGAAAAUUUCCUCGAUGCAUUACAGAAAUUCUGUCCUGAAUUGGCAAGUCGUAUCUCCAUUCCACGAUUAAUUAAUAAAAAUCCUCUGUUUUUGUUGAGAUUGGAACAUUUAUUAAUUGUUUAAUUACGAAAAAGA